CUCUUUUAAGGCUCUUCUUUAAGUGGGAGCCUGGCCCUUUAAAUAGUCCGUGUCGGAGGCCAUUUUAAGGCUUCCGGUCAUGCGCACAGCGUAGUUCAGAGGAAUGCCUUCACCUGGACGUAAGGAACAGUUGGCACAAAGGAACUGAAGAAGGCCAGUGAAGCUGGAGUGUAGUGGAUAAUGGGAAAAAGGUACAAGAUAAAUUUGGAGAAUAGACAGAGUCCAGGAUCUUAGAAGUCUUCGGAAGCCAGGGCAUUGUUAUUUGAGAAUGGAAGAGGAUACAGAUUUUAGAAUCAGGUUUAGUUCUCUUUGUUUCAUUACAGAUCACGUGGGAUUUCAUGGCACCAUAAAAAGCUCACCAAGUGACUUUGUUGUUAUUGAGAUUGAUGAACAGGGACAGUUAGUUAAUAAAGCCAGUGAUGAACCUAUUCACAAGGUUAAUAAAAUACUACCUGUGCCAAAUAAUUUGGCUAAAAAAACAAACCUAGAUCCUCAAAAUUUAUCCUUUGACGAGAGAAGCAAUCAAGAAGUCAGUACUUUGGCUGGGUGCUCUGGUGAUGACCAAAAUUAUGAGCCUGGUUCAGAAAAGGAAGACACUAUCGAAGAUGGAACUUCCAAAGGUGAAGAAGAAAACAUUGAUGUGUUAGGAUCCUUGUUAGAUGAAAAAACUAAUGAAUUACUGAAUCGGUUUGCCUGUGAUGUAAAAGAGAAGUGGAAUUCUAAAACUGAACUAAUUGGACCAUCUUCUGAAUUCUCAUUAGGCAGAAUCCUUGACAAAAACCAGAGGGCUAUUUUGCAUAGUGCUCUUAGGCAGAAAUUUCCUUUUUUAAUAACUGUAGGAAAAAACAGUGAAAUUGUUGUAAAACCAAAUCUUGAGUAUCAAGAACUCUGUCACUUGGUAUCUGAAGAAGAAGCAUUUGACUUUUUUAAAUAUUUGGAUGCAAAGAAAGAAAAUUCCAAAUUUACCUUUAAACCUGAUAUAAACAAAGAUCACCGAAAGGCUGUCCACCAUUUUAUCAACAAAAAGUUUGGAAAUCUUGUGGAAACCAAAUCUUUUCCUGAACCGAAUUAUGCUGCUGAUAAUCCAAAGGCAGUGAUAACAGUAAGAUUUCGGGAAAAGGCACACAAGCCCAGGAAAAGGUCUCUUCAUGAAUGCCAGGGAAGAAGAGUUAUAUACACAGCCUUUACCCUACGAAAAGAAAAUCUGGAAAUGUUUGAAGCAGUUGGUUUUUUAGCUAUCAAACUUGGAGUGAUUCCUUCGGAUUUUAGUUAUGCAGGACUUAAAGACAAGAAAGCCAUCACUUAUCAAGCAAUGGUUGUUAGAAAAGUGACGCCAGAGAGGUUGAAAAAUAUUGAAAAAGAAAUUGAAAAGAAAAGAAUGAAUGUGUUUAAUAUUCAGUCUGUAGAUGAUUCCCUUAGACUCGGUCAGCUCAAAGGAAAUCACUUUGAUAUUGUCAUCAGAAAUUUAAAAAAUCAAAUAAAUGAUUCUGCAAACCUGAGAGAGAGAAUUUUGGAGGCAGUAGAAAAUGUUAAGAAUAAAGGGUUUGUGAAUUACUAUGGACCACAGAGAUUUGGGAUAGGAAGGAAAGUUCACACAGACCAAAUUGGAUUGGCUUUGCUGAAGAGUGAAAUGGUGAAGGCUGUACAGUUAUUUCUUACACCAGAAGAAUUGGAUGAUCCUGUAAAUAGAGCAAAGAAAUAUUUUCUUCAAACUGAGGAUGCUAAAGGCACACUUACACUGAUGCCUGAAUUCAAAGUUCGGGAGAGAGCAUUGUUGGAGUCCUUGCAUCGCUUUGGCGUGACAGAGGAGGGCUGUAUCCAGGCGUGGUUCUCUUUCCCCCAUUCCAUGCGCAUAUUCUAUGUUCAUGCAUAUAGCAGCAAAAUCUGGAAUGAGGCAGUAUCUUACAGACUUGCAACCUAUGGAUCAAGAGUGGUGGAGGGUGAUUUGGUCUGUUUGGAUGAAGAUAUUGAUGAUGAGCAUUUACCAAGUAGUAAAGUUCAUCUAGUAACUGAAGAAGAGGAAUCAGCUAAUACAUAUGCAAUACAUCAGGUGGUUCUUCCAGUGCUUGGAUACAAUAUUCAGUACCCAAAGAACAAACUAGGGAAGUGGUACCAGGAAGUACUCAGCAGAGAUGGACUACAGACAUGUAGAUUUAAAAUACCUACUCUGAAACUGAAUGUUCCAGGAUGCUAUAGAAAGAUUUUGAAACAUCCCUGUAAUCUCUCAUACCAACUAAUAGAAGACCAUGAUAUUGAUGUCACGAAGGAAGGUUCCCACAUCGAUGAAGCAACUUUAUCUCUUUUGAUCUCUUUUGAUCUUGACGCUUCGUGUUAUGCUACCGUUUGUCUGAGGGAAAUAAUGAAGCAUGACUUUUAAAACGGAUCCCCUUAAUAUAAUCGUGUAUGUGCCACUUUUUAAAGGAAAGGGAGCUAAAGUUUCUUGGGCAUCUACCAUGUGCUAGGAGCAUUAUAACUGUUAUCUCCUUUAAUUACACAACAUCCUGAUGAAGUAGGAAUUUGAUACUUACAUUCCAGAGGAUGGAUAGCUAGUAAGUGGCAGCAUCUGAGUUGAAGACUCCAAAGCCUUUGUUCUUUCUAUUAUCUAAUAUCUCGGUGACCUUUAGUCUGUGCUAUAAAAGUUAGUCUUUCUGGACUGUCAGGAGCAUAUAAUACUGCAGGAUGACAUUAAAGAAGAUAACAUUAAAGAAAAACAUUUUUGGAGUAAUGUUUAUAUCCUCAAGCUCCUUGCUUAGAAUGUAGAUGAAACUAGGUUGUAAUGAAAACAGGGUUGGAAAGAUAGAUGAAGCAUUUUGUAAAUUAUUGCCAUUCUCUCCUAUUUUUGAAAUUAUUGAUCAGAACAGUACAUUAGGAAAAUAUAAUCCCUGUAUUUAUGAUAGCUACCCCAGGGUAGUUUACCCCUUUAUGAGGUAAAUAAUCUUUGGUGAAGAUUGAAAUAAAAUGUUUCCUACAGUUUCUUUAUCUUGACAUAUAUUGACCCUCCACUUUUUUGUUGUUUUUGUUCUGUCAUCUAAAACAGAAAUUUUAGAGUCAGGCUGAUCUGUGCUCAGACUCCAGCUCUGACGCGUACUAGUGACUGAGUGUUAUUGAUUCUCUUUGAGGCUCAUUUAAGGAAUCAAGAUAGCACCAGUCUCAUAAGCAGCAAACAAUAGAAUUAUCUCCACCUUUUUGCGUUGCUGGAGGAAGAAAAACAUUUUACCCAUUUCGAAAAUUCGGUAUUUGUUGGUUUAAUUAUCCACAUCACAGACUAUCCUUAUCUACUUACAUCAGGUACAUUUGGGGGAAAAGGAAUAUACUGAUUGGGAAAAUCUGAGCAUUCUUUUAUUGCUGGUAGCGCUACAUAAUGACUUAAAAAGCUGUCAAGAGUAUUAUAUAUUAGUAAUGUGGCACUUUUAUAUACUUAAGUCAGUCAAACCAUUUUGGGUAUAUUAGCAUAAGGAAAUAAAAUUCCAAAGAAGGAAAAGAACGGUAUGCAAUGCAAAAUUUGCUUAGUGCAGCAUUCCUAUAUAUAUAGAAAGAAAUUAGAAACAGUUUGGAAGUCCAGCAUUAGCUAACUAAAAGGAAAAUGAGAUGUAACAACUUGAUGGCAAAACAUUUAGUUAUUAAAGUUGAUGAUGAAGGUUUUAGGUAUGUGAGAAAAUGUUGCCCCACAAAACCAUGUAUAUAUAUAUAUAUAACCAUAUAUAUAAAACACAAAUGCAGUAUGUGCACUGCAUGCAGCUUUUACACAGGAGAGGCACUUUAGCAUAGUGAUUAAAAGCUUAGAUACUGGGGACAGGCUCCCCUAGUUUGAAGCUUGCCUCUGCCGCUUAGAGCAGUGUGGCCUUGGACAAGUUGUUUAAGCUUUGUGGGUUUCAGUUUCAACAUCUAUAAAACAGGGAUGAUAAUAAACCUACCACUUAGGAUUAUUGUGAUGAUUUGCCGAGUUAAUACAUGUAAAGCAGCUUAGAAAAGUGCUUAGCAUUUAGUGAUUGUUAAAUCAAUGUCCACAGAUGCAAGUUAGGAAGGGAACAGAAAAAAAUGAAAAUGCCAUUCUGUUAAGAUCGUAGAAUGUUUGGAAUUUUUUUAAUACUAGAAAGUUCCUCUUUUGUCUUUAUAUAUUUUAAUAAUAAACAAAUUCAAGACACAAAACUUUCAGAUUGUGGUACCAUGGAUUUUAAAAAUUACUUUUAUUGCCUUAAUAUUUAUCGAAAAUGAAAUGAUGCUAUAUUAAAUAGUAAAAAAAUUUAGAAAUGAUGUUUUAACUUUAUUUUAUAUGAUAAAUUAUAUCCUAUAAAUGUAAUCAGAAAGUGAAUUACUAAAUAAUUAAAUCCCAAUUUUCUUUUAAUCAUCGGGUAGCAAUUAGAAAAUACGAAAUCAUUAAAAAUGUGCCAUCAUUGAUAGUAUUUUCUUUGCCUGUAGAUGGCACUAUAAUUUUAGGUAUCUUUCUAAUUUAUUUAUUUAGUACUUUGGCCCUGUGUAAAGAAAGGUAUCACUAAAGUUAUUUCAGGUCACCAUAAAAUGUAUUCAGAUACUGUUCAUGUGAAAAAUUAUUUUAUAUACUAAUAAUAUUUGCCACGUUAAUUUUUUUUUUUUCAGUAAGGACUUGAAUAGACUUUGGACCAAAUGAUGAGCAGUCACCUAAGUUUUUGCAGUUUUUCUGGAGCAUUUCAGGCUUUCAGAAGAAGAAUCUUUGGAUUAGCUUUAAUUUUCAGCGUUGCAUUUGAAACUGAGCAAUAGUGCCUCAGGAUUACUAAGGUAAAACAAAUGGAGGUCUUUUUAUUAAGAUAAAAACACUUGGACUUUUGUAAGUUGUAAUAAACUGAAGUCAUAUGCAACUUUGAUCCAAGUAACAUUUUUUCUGAGUGUUGUGCCACUCCUCUCAUUGUAAUCCAUGUACCCACCCUGUAGGUGGGUAGUGUUUUCCCUGUUUUUGCAAAUGAGAAAAUAUUUGAGUGGUUUACUGACCUAUUCAAGGUCAAACAAGAUGCUAUUUGGGAACUUGAUUAUGCUUCCUAGAGCAGUACUGCUUUCAUCUACCUAAUAUUUGCCUUCUGAAAACAAAAUUUUUGGUUAAUUAUUUCUACCAACUUAUUUCUUGAUAUCGAUUAAUAGGCAUAUUGGAGCAGGUCUUGAGAGAAACGAGAUUCCUUUUGAAGUUUUGAAACCAAAAUAAAAGCAAAGGAGAUCGUUUAGGAAAUUUCCAAAGCAUUUUGGGGUAUUUUCCAGGACAUUUUGGGACUUGUAUCUCAAUGAUGGGCAACAUCAUUAUAGGUUAUAGAGGGUUACUUUAGAUGAUACCUGGUACAAUAUUAAAUAUCACUGAAAAAGUACAGUGAGAGGAUUGUUUAUUCCCCCCCCCAUACUCUUUUAAUCUCUUAAUCAACCAUUCUGUUUAAGACAAGGAGAAAGCUGGCUGAAAUUCGUUUACAUAUGUCACUUGCUGGAUUUACCUUUUUAACAGAGAUUGUGCAGGCCUGAGGCUCAGGAAUACCAGCAAGCAACAAUAUCUAACUAGAAUUUCAUAAUACUGCUUUGUUUUAUUGAGUUUAUUUUUCUAGUUACCUUUUUUAUGGCAAAUAAUCUUGGUUUUCAACUUAUGUGAUGUUUCUUUCAAAAAUAAAUUUUAAAAUGAGGAACUCAGUGUAAAGGUAAUAAGGAACUACUAGUAUAGAUAUAACAGUAAUUAUGACAGCAGUACAUGAAUGGUUGAAGUUUGGGAAAUAGUGAGAGUGCCUGAACUCAGAGAGUGCCUCUACCACUGCAGUAGGGUGUCCCUAUAGUAACCCACUGAAUUUCUCUGUUGUGAUCUCAGGUGUGAAGUAAUGUUAGUAAUCAUUUUUCAGUCCAGGACUGUACUGCAUCAAACAAAAUAAUGAAAAAUACACAAAUGCAAGAUACUGUGAACACAAGUACUAAUGAUCACAUGCCAUAUCUUAAAAUUUCACUGAUAGGGAUUUUCUUUUAGAAAAUCUUAUGAAACACCAAGAAGAGUGCCCAGCACCUAGUAAAUUCUCGAUAAGUGUCAGCUUGUGUUAUUAUAGUUAAUAUUACUUUACUGUGCUCUCUGAUGAAAGUUUUACAGUUGAAUGGUUAAUGAAUUUCCCUUGAGAUCUGAUCUGACUCUUAUCUUAGCAUAAAGUAAUUACAGUUCAGCACACUUUUAUUUAUUUUUUUGUAAGUGGAAAGAACUACGUAUUUCUAAAUCUGGGAAUUCAGCAGUUCAUUCAAAUUUAGAUCUUUAAGAACUAUCUAGGUCAGUGUGCCUCAAUAUUUUCCACCUGGGAACUACCCUUAAGAGACCAAGAAGAAAUGAAGCUGCAUAUAACAGUGCAGAAUUUUCUUGUGUUAAUAUCAGGAUAGGAGAAGAGGUUGGAGGGAGACAUAGGGAGUAAGAGAAAUAGGACUUUUCAUUUUUUUCUUUAUUUACUUCUGAAAUGUUUGGGUAUUUAAAUAAGAAUACAUUUGUAUAUUAAUUUUGCAAUUAAUUAAAGAAUACUGAAGCUUCAGAGAGGGUAAGGUAAGGGAACUGAUGGAUUAUGAUUGCAUUUUUUUCAGAAUGGUUCUGGUGGGUCGUGCCAACAUAUUGCCAGAGAGAGAAAUUUCUGCAUUGUACAUUUUAACAGUACUAAUGGCGGUUAAUAUAAGUAAGGUUUAGUACCUGUGCUAUGGAUUUUGCUUUCAGAUUCAGAAAGAUUCUUACAAACAGCUUGAUGUCUCAUGGUACUGUUUUAAUCUUUUUUUUUCUAAGCCCUUCUGCUUUACAUAUUUCUGAUAAGCCACAAAGCAAUGCCAAAUAUAUGACAUAAUAAUCCACAGACAUUUGAGUGCCCCUAAGUUAAAGGCACUCUGUAAGAUGCUAUGGGGAAAGACAAACAGAUAAUACCCCUGACUUUGAGGGAUUAACAGUGUUAUGUCCUUGAAGAUAUCAUUUUAUUUGAAAUGCCGUCUGGAAAAAGAGUAUACAGACCACUAGAUGGCGAAGGGAAAAACAAGCAGCGUCUUUGCAUUUCACUUACGGCUCACUGUAUGACGAAUAAUAGGUUUCUUGACCUCUCAGCACCUCAUUCUGAAUCUUUAAAUGAUACCUAUAUUAGCAUCUCCACGCAUUUUGAGAUCUCCUCUUAAAAUAUGCUUUGAAGUAUUCAGUCUAAAUGCUUCUUUCUCGAAAGCUAUAGUUUAAAGAAUGGGAAAUGGUGUUAGCAGAGUUAAUCUUGUGUAAUUUCAGUGUGGGUUGUCAGGAAUACCUUUAAGUAAAGAAAAUGACUCUAAUCUUCUUAAGCAAUUCGUUUUCUCAGCAACUGGGAGGCAGGAGCUAAUUUACUCUGCCUGUGUACACAGGCCUGUCUUAUUAAAGGAAAAUUUUACUCAUGGAGAGAAGUCACAAUACCCAUGAAAUUAUUUAUAUUUAGACAUUGGAAAAUGUGGCAAAAUAUAAGAAACAUUAAAUUGUCUUUUCUAUAUCAGUUUCCUUCCUAAAUACCCAACUCAAUUACCAAUAUUUUCUGUUACAAAGAGGAAAUUUAAUCAUGGAGUUGAAACAAGAGCUAUUUGGUUGUUUUUAAAGGGAGGAGAACAAAGAGCUGGUCACUCACUCCUUAUAUGAGGGUGUUUGAGCAGCAAGAUGGGUGGAGAGUGGAGAGGGUUAGGGACUUAGUUCUUUAUGCUUUGAUUCCAAGUCACCCUUUUCUGAUAAGCCUUACUGGCAUUUUCUUAGACUGGUUAUGUCAGGAUUCUGAAGCUUUCACUACAAUAGGGUGUUAAUCUUAGCUGAUUACUGUUCCCAUCCCCACCCCUGGUCAUAAAGGACUAGUGUUCUUUUCUGGAAAGGGAAGAUGAAGACUCUUUCUAUAAAUAACCUUUAUAGUUUCUUUAGGUUAUACUAAAAUGUGGUGUUUUUUUUUUUUUUUUUGCGUAUGAUUUUCAAAAGGAAACUAAUUUUUCCAUAAAAUAUCUUAAGGGAAAUCUAAUAGAUUUUAUGGUAUAUAAAUAAUAGCAAUGCACUUUUCACAUUUAGGAACCAAUAGAAGAACCAGGAAGCAGUUAUUCUGAAUUCAAAGAACAUUCUUCCAAGGCAUUGAAAGAGAAAACUUUAAUUUCAAAGUGAAGCAUUUGAUGGUUGUGUUUUUAAUGUACAUAUUCUCUCUCGUUUUGAUUGUUGUGAUAAUUUUCUAACUGACCGCCCCCAUUCUUCACUCUAACUGGUCUAUCUUUGUAUAUAUACUCAUGUCAGUUACCGCUUCCCCCCCACCAAAAAAAAAGUAGAAAUCUGAUCCUGUCAUUGUGUUGAGACCAUAUAACAUUUCAGGGGCUUCCCAGUACCUAUGGAAUGAAAGUCCAGAUUCCUAAACACAGCACAUGUAGACAUGUACAGCAUGGUUUCAGAUUAUCUUCCAAAUGUCAUCUGCCUCUUACUCUCUAAUACAUACCUUUUGGUUAAGUUCUGUUUGCUCCUUGCCAAAUAUAGCAAGUUUUCCCAUGUUUUGUACCUCAACCUCCCAUUCUCCAUGGCAGAAAGUCCUCUCUGUUUAGGUUAAAUAAAUGUCUUGUCUGUGAAAUCUGUGUUCUCAUAACACUCAUACUGUUCAUAUCAUGUUAUACUUAUUUGAUUGAAUAUCUGGCUCAUCUACUACUAACUAUUUAAGGGCAUUCUUCUUUAUACCUCAGGUACCCAUCAGUGCCUGACAUGUAGUAGGCUUAAAAAUGCUGAAUGAAUACCACAAACACACCAUAGUAAAGUUACUUGGUAAAUAUAUGUAUCUCAGGAAAGUUCUAAAAUAGCCUUUUACCCUCACAGAAAGUUUAGAGUAUUAGAAUUGGAACUCAUUAUAAUGCCUUUCCACUUUUACAUGAAUUGCCAAAAUAAUUUUAAUGGUUUCAUCUUUGUCAUCACUACCUGAAAAAUGCCUACUUUUGAUUGAAAUAUUAAAUGCAUUGUAGAAUUUCACUUAACAACUCAGAACAAGCUGUCAGGGAAUAUAACCAUUCUCAUGUUACAAAUGAAGAUUCUAGGGCUUGAAGAGGUUAAGUAGCGCUUACCCUAGGUUGCAAAGAGAGUUUACCCUAGCUCUUUUUGUUUUCAGGGCCCAUGGUGAUAACUACUUUGUUCUGCUGAUUCCUAAUGCAAAAUGCCUCAGUUCACUUUGCUUAACUAGUGAUUAUUUAAUUUCUGCCCAUCUCUGAAUUUACCUGUAUAUUUCUAGUACUUUAUGACAUUAAGGCAACCUGGGGGAAGACUCACUAAGUGACAAAAUGAUAAUGGCUGUUAAUCAUUGGGCACUAUGUGCUUAGCAUUUUACAUCUUACCAAUAAGCACCUACCUAUGGGAUAAGUACCAUUACUUUUAUUUUAUAGAUGAGGACACAGAGAUAGAGUACAAUUAAGAACCUUGAGAAGGGUGAAACACGGAGCCAGAGCUGAAACUCAGAUGCUUUUUCUUACAGAAUCCAGAGACUCUUAAGCCAUGAACUUGGUUUGAAAUUAAGUGGUAGUGACUCCGGUCAUGUCACAGAGCCAACACCAAUGUUCUCUUGAGGAAGUUGCAUUCAUCCCAGGUUUCCCAUACAUGUUCAAAGACAGUAAGCAGCACAGAAAAAAAAAAAAGCAAGGCAUCAUGAAUAAGUGUCAGCAAAAACAAAAGACAAUAUAAAGAGACCUGCAGGACUUCAGAAUAAUAGACAUGGACUUCAUGUUAACUAUUUUUAAAGAAGUAAGAGAUGACCUUGAAAAUCUGCAGGGAACAAGAAGCUACAACACAAUCUAGUAUAUUUGAAAAAGAACCAACAGACUUUCUAGAAGUGAAAAUGUAGUAAUCAAAACUUAAAACUCAUGAGUUUAAUAACAUUACACAAAAUUGAAAGCAAAUUAGUAAGUUGGGCCCAAAAAAAUCCAGAAAGGAGCAAUGAGAUUUUAAAAAAUUACAGAGAUGAGACAUGGAGGAUAGAGUGAGAAAAUUCAAAAUACAUUUAAUUAGAAUCUGAAGGAAAGGAGAAAGAAUAAGGUAAAGGCAAUAGUUGAACAGAUAGUGGCUGAGAGUUAUCUGGAACUAAUAAGACACUAAAAUACAGAUUUCAGCAGUCCAAUGAAUCCCCAGUAGUGUAAAUAAUAAAGCCAGAUUGAGAUACAUCAUAGUGAAUAUGCAGCACAUCAGUAAUAAAAAGAAAAAUCUUAAAAGCAGCUGGGUAAAGAUUAUUCUCAGGGUGUGUGAUAGCUUACUCUCCAGAGCAACAAUGGAAUAUAAUGAAAUAAUUGAGAAAGUUUACAACUAAGUACUGACUCUCACCAGAGGAAAUUAGAACAAAAACAAGCUUCAGGCAGAAGGUAGAGGAUCUCAAAUCAAAAGCCUAAGGUGGAGGAAUGAAUGAUGAACAGGAAAAGUGGUAAAUAUGUGGCUAAAUAUAAACAAACAUUGCCUUGAUAAAAUGAUAAUAUCCGCAAUAUCUUGUGGGUUAAAUAAGGAUGAUAAAUUAAAACAUAGCACCUGGGAGGGAACUAAAAGGGGUUAAUGAUCUAAGGUGGUAUUAGCUGUAAAAAAGGAUAAACAUUGAUUAAUUUUAAUCUUUGAUAAACUGGAACGGUGUGGUAUAAUAUCUAUAAUACUAAAAGAAUGAAAACGGUUAUAACAUCCAAACUUGGUGCAGGAUGAUUGCUCUAACAAUGUGUUCCCUACAGGUUAGAGUUUUGUGAUUAGUUUGAUAUACUGGAUAACAGACAUUUGAUUCAAUACAAGAGUCAUUUCCAUUGUCAUGAAAAAUUUUAACAUUGAAUAUUUCAAGAAGAAUAGGAAGAGUUAGCUUCUUCAAACAUAAUUUCAAGUGUUGUAAACUUUGAAUGAUUGUAAAAAAAAGAUUUAAAAUUUUUCCCACAAAAUUUUAUGCAGUUAUGUAUAUAUAGUAUUUACUAUUUUCUAGGCAUUGUCACAAACACUUAUUCUCUUAAUGAUAAGUUUUGACCAGGAGGUGUGCAGAUGUUGCUAUUUCACACACAAAAUCCAUGAUUAAAACAUUAUGGUCAGAGAAGCAAGCUCAAAUUUCUUAUUAAAAUUUUGAAAAUACUUUAUUUUGAAACUUCAUAUAUAUUCGGUAUUUAAUAUCUUCCAUAGUAGGUCUGUUUUAUUUUUCUUAUCAUAAUUAUAUAAAAGCAAUAUUGUUUUUCACUAACUCAUACCCCUGAAUUCUUUCCAGCCUAUAUUAGUGUGAUACAAAUAUCAUUUUCUGCAUGUGAGGGAAGAGGCUGGAGAACACUACAUUAUAUAGAGCCAGAUAGAGUAGAGGAGAGUAUGAUCAUUCUGCAUUCUGCAUUUUUAAGACUAUAUUAAAAACAAAAAAAUAUUAGAAAAUACAUGCAUAAUAAAUAUGACUACUCAUAUUUAUUUCCUUGUGUGUUUCUCCUUUACUUUUCUUUCUUUUUUGUUCAUGCCCCCAUGCUCUCAGUCUGCAUUUGACAACUGACUUGAUCAGUUCCAUAGCCACAAAAAGUCAUAAGUAGUUGGCUUCAUAAAAUACUUCUGUGACCUUUGUACUGAUGGUUUCUAGUGUUCCCAGAAGAAAACUCACUAGGAGCCAGCCUUCAACUUCAAUGCCUACUCUAAUUUCACAGUGAAAUAUAUCCAUGUACUUAUAACCCCCUCCUUGCUCAUCUAACUCUGCUAGGUAUUCUUCUCCAUGUUUUAAUGCUCCAAGGAAAACUGGGGGGCUACCUUAGAAUUUUCUCUGCCUAUUUCUGGAGUGUUAGAAUGCUUAUUUUUAUCAUACAGUCACUUUCUAGGUGACAAAUCAAGUAAAGUAUUUUGGCAAUCAGCUUAAUUGCUCUAGUAAUUGCAGUGGAAUAGAAUUUCUCCUAAUAGGAGCUAUUAGGAAAUAUUCCACAUGUGUUUAAUAAGACAAAUUAGAGAACUUAACGUUUAAAUCCUUGGUUACUGUUUUUAUAAUUGAGUUUAAGGUCAUCCAAGAGACAAUAAGUCUUAUAAGUCUUAAACUUACGUCUCUGGUCUAAACACCUUCAGGUGACUUGUGAUAUGAAUGUGGUUGUGCAAGUGGGCUUUUACCCCUUUUCCUGAACGGAAAUCAUAUAAGAGCAAUAAGGAAAACAGCAUUUUUUUUUAAACCAGCAAACAAUAUGAUAAGCAAAUUUUAAGUGCAUGUAAGAACUGCCAAGAGCAGCUGAGACCUGAAAAAGGUUGCAUGGUAGGACGUGGGGAAAAAAGUGGCAAGAGGGUUCAGUAACAGCAGAUCUCAGAAGCAGCAAGAAAGGCUUUUCCUAAAUAUGACAGGUCUACCCUAAAGAGAAAAUUUUGGUAGGUAAGGCUGGUGGCAAAAACACUGCCAAACGUGGUUUGAGGCCAAACGAAGCAUCUCAAAUAAUAAUGUUGUAUUUGUAGGAAACAGAAGAGAGCAUCUUUGAGUUAUAAAUCAUGGAAGAUUAUCCUGGCCUCUCCCGCCUAACCAAGAACCUCCUGCAAAUAGCUGGCCCAGGAAAAUUCAAGUCAUUCAACAAUGAGUAGCAAAGGAAACUGGCACACUCUCAACACAAAGAUAAACAUGUGGGGAAAAAAGAUAAAGUUGUGGAAAAGAGCAGCAAAAUUUACCAACAGCCUGCAAAAAAGGUGACCAUGAAGAUAAAAAUUGUGACACGCUUUUAUUUUAUUUUUUGGUAAAGAAAUCACUUCUGUGAAAGAAGACAAAGAAAUGGAAGAAGAAAGAAAACGUAGGAAAUAUAACACAAGAUAAAGGAGGGAGGAGAGGAAACCUGAGACAGCAGAUUUCAAGAAAGGUGCAGAAGGCAGAACCAUCAGAGAAAUGAAGAUGAAAUUGAAGCAAGCACAAAAAGCAGUAGACAAUGAGAAGAAUACAAGGGACGAAAAAGCAACUGGAAACCACCCAAACGUCUAUAAAAGGAAAAUGGAUGAAGAGAUGGUGGUGUAUUCAGGCAAUAAAAGAAAAAAUUUAAGAUACAUGCAACGGCGUGAUGAAUAUCAAAAAUAUUGUAUUGCAUGAGGGAAGCCAGGAACAAAAAGAGGACAUGUGCUGUGAUUCCAUUUAUAUGAAAUUCAAAAAAGGCAAAAUAAAUUGUAAUAAAAAUCAGAACAGUUGUUGCUUCAGUGUGUAUGUGUGUACGGUGGGGGUGGAAGCAAGGGGAGUUGGAUCUAAGGGCUGGACGGGAAAUUUUUGUGUGAAGGAAAUAUUCUACGUCUUGUUUGGGAUGGGGUAAAUGGAUUUAUAAAUUUGUUAAAACUUGUUAGACUGUGUACACUUAAGAUCUGUAUAUUUCACUGUAGGUAGAUUAUACUUGAGUAAAAUAUUAUAACGCGUC